UGGUCCAUUCAAGAGGUCUGCUGCGAGACCCAGAGAGAGUAUUCCACGCACGGGACGAAGUGGUUGGUUUUUCUUUGUUGCCGGUUUUGGUUUUAGAUCUCAAGGAGUAAGACACCGAUGGUCUGUCUUUAGGUAUUGCUAGUGGUUUUUUUGGGAAUAACGUUGCUGUCAUUAAGGACUAUUAAUUGCGAUGGAUAUAUGGAAGGGGUUGGCGCGCCAUGCCAGGUGGUGCGCUGUUGUAAUGUUAACGGUUUUGUGGUGUAGCGGAAGUGAGGCCGCUAAGGCAAAUGACAUACUCAAGUGCCCAGAUGGAUGGACGCAGGACGACAUUCAUUGCUAUAGGUUAUUUAAUAUUAGGCAUUCUUGGAAGAAAGCCGCAGAAAUCUGCGGGAGGUACGGAGGUGAUUUAGUCCUGAUAGGAGAUUAUAGUCAAAAUAAUUUUACUAGUAAAGUAGCGUUAAAGAGCUUAAGGGAUUCAGGAGAAAUUUCCUACUGGAUAGGUCUAACGUCAGUGGACGGCCUAUCUACAAACACUCUAGAAUCCUCCAGUGGCUCAUUCAUAUCGAAAUAUGUGGGCUUCUGGGAUCAUGACCAACCACAACCGCAUAAAGGCGAAUGCGUCCGGGCCAAAAUUAAAGGAGAAUCACAAGUUUGGGAGCUGGCUCCAUGUGAAACUUUGCUACCUUUUAUUUGUCACUUGAAAGCAUGUCACAGAGAUUCAUUUCAUUGCAACAAUGGACAGUGUAUCAGCAGAAAAUUCUUGUGCGAUGGUGAAGAUGAUUGUGGUGAUCAAUCCGAUGAAACGGAUUGCCCAGCAUCUUGUCAUUUCCACCUACAAAGUUCUGGAGACGCUAUCCAAUCACCAAACUACCCAAAUAGAUACUUUGCCAAUUCAAAUUGUAAAUGGACGUUGGAAGGACCCAUCGGUACCGGCAUAGUUCUUCAGUUUUCUGACUUCGAUACUGAAUCUAGCUUCGAUACUGUUCAAAUACAAGUGGGCGGAAGAACUGAAGAAAAGAGCGUUUCUUUAGUGACUUUAUCAGGAAACCCGGACCUUUCUUCCAUGUCCUACACGACAGCGUCUAAUCUCAUGAUUAUUAAAUUUCGCACUGAUGGAUCGGUGGAAAAGAAAGGAUUCAGAGCUAGUUGGAAAACUGAACCUGUCAGAUGUGGCGGUGAAUUAUUUGCUCAACCAACUGCUCAAGUCCUUACGUCAGCCACAUAUCCUCAGCCAUAUCCUGGUGGUCUUGAAUGCUUAUACGUUCUUACAGCGCCUCCUGGGAAAAUAUUGACUCUUGAGGUAGUUGAUAUUGAUUUGGAACCUGACAAGGACUUCAUCCAUAUCCGUGACGGAGCCAGCCCUUCUGAUCCAUUGCUUGCCAAAAUGACGGGCGGCGUCGAAGACAAUCCUAAAUUUAUUUUAUCUACUACAAACAGAGUUUAUAUAUACUUCCAUUCUAGUUUCGGAGACAGUCGUAGAGGAUUCGCAAUACGCUUCAGAGCUGGUUGUGAAAUCGAAGUUGUCGCCUUGGCUGGUAAUUUGUCUUCCCCUGCCUAUGGAGUUUCAAAUUAUCCUUCGAACCAAAUUUGUUCAUACCAUGUCAGCCUGCUUGGAGGUGGACCAGUGUCUUUGAAAUUCGACGCUUUUCAAGUAGCUCCAGAUGACUUUGUUCAGGUCUAUGAUGGAAUAAGCCCCGAGAGUGGAGUGCCUUUACAUCCCGGUUCUGGUUUCAGUGGUUUGACAAGGCCUUCAAUUACCAUGACUUCCAGCAGUGGAAAUCUGCUGGUAUUAUUUGCCAGCAAUCCCGUCAAUACAGCCAGAGGAUGGAAAGCCAGUUUUAGUGCAGAUUGUCCUCAAAUAUCGGUGGGUAACGGUGCCAUAGCAUCUAGUCGAGAAAGGACUUUUGGUGCCAAAAUUAGAUACACUUGUCCCAUUGGCCAAGAAUUCAGCACCGGCGUAGCAGAGAUUGAAAUUGAAUGUUUGCAAAGUGGUCAGUGGAGCGUGCCGCAUAUUCCCAGGUGUCAAGAGAGAUACUGCGGCCCAGUUCCUCAGAUAGACAGCGGCUUUGCUGUUGCUGCAACCAAUGUAACUUACAGAGGCAUCGCAACAUACCAAUGUUAUGCCGGGUUUGCUUUUCCAAGUGGAUUACCGACAGAAACCAUUCGUUGCUCAGAAGAUGGCAAGUGGGAAAAAUUGCCCGUAUGCCUUGCUUCAUCUUGUCCCCUGCUGAGCGAAGCUCCUCAUGCAGUACAAACAGUUUUAAACGGUGGUGGUAGAAGUUAUGGUACGGUAAUAAGAUUUGAAUGCGAGCCAGGAUAUUACAGGAUUGGAGAUCCUGUUAUUUUGUGUAUGAGUGACGGAAAGUGGUCUUCAGCUCCCCCUCAGUGUGAAAGAGCCCAAUGUCCUAUACUUCCUGAAAUCGAAAAUGGAUUUGUGGUCGAAUCCCAAAGAACGUUCUUAUUUGGAGAUGUUGCAAAAAUUCAAUGUCACAGAGGUUACAGACUUGAAGGAAGUCCGGUUAUAACGUGUGGACCUGAUCAAAAGUUCGCUAAUGUUCCUACAUGCACAGAUGUUAAUGAAUGUUCAGCUUCAACUUGCGAUGCUGCAUCAACAGUUUGUACUAACACAGCUGGAGGAUUUUUCUGCAAAUGCAAAGAGGGUUUUGAACCAAACUUUGAUUGCAGGCCUGUUGGAGACUUAGGACUUGGCUCUGGAAUCAUUCCUGAUACAAGCAUAAAAGUUUCUGGUGUUGAAGCUGGCUACGGCAAAAAUGCAGUAAGACUUGACAGCAGUAACGGUUGGUGUGGCAAUGUUCCAAGACCUGGACAUAACUGGGUGCAAAUUGAUCUUCGAGCUCCAACAGUAAUAAGAGGGUUCCGAAUUCAACAAGUCAUUCGAUCAGAUGGAGCAUCGGCUUUCCCUAUAAGCUUAAGAAUUCACUUUACCGACGAUCUAACAGAUACAUUCCGUGUAUACAGCGAUCAGGCUGGAAGGCCGAUUCAAUUUAGACCAACCCCGGAUAAUAGGAGUGGUAUUUCUACCAUUACUUUGCAACAACCUUUGGAAGCGAGAUACGUCAGGAUUGUCAUCAUGGAAUAUGUUGUCGCACCAUGCUUGAAGCUGGAACUUAUGGGCUGCUCAAGACAAGAUUGUGUUGAUAAAAACGAAUGUAUGGAAAACAACGGUGGAUGUGAUCAAAGAUGCAUUAAUAGUCCCGGAAGCUUCAACUGCCUGUGCAAUGUUGGAUUUGAUCUUUACACCGAAAAUGGUACCGCAGGUUUCCAUAUUGCUUCAAGUGAAACUGGAAUGAAAGAUGACGAUGUAUAUCGAAUCAAUAAGACCUGCGUUCCUAAGAUGUGCCCUACUUUAACGGCUCCUGAAAAUGGUAUGAUUCUUUCUACUAAAAAGAUGUUCCAUUACGGCGAUGUUGUCAACUUCCACUGUGACUUUGCCUACGUUAUGAUCGGAAAUCCUACAAUACUCUGUACCAGCAAUGGGGUAUGGAAUGGAAGCGUUCCGACAUGCGAAUACGCAUAUUGCGAAAGACUCCCAGACGACCCCUCUCAAGGCCUGUUCUUGGAGACUGAAACUGAAGAGAAGUACAUCCCCUUCUUCGAAAACGUGACUGUGUCCUGUCACGAAGUAGGCAGACCCUUACGAUCCACAGCUACAUCGGGAUUCCGCCAGUGUGUGUUCGAUCCUCACGAUGGAAUGCCUAUGCACUGGCUUUCUGGAGCUAGACCCUCUUGUCCAAGAAUUGAUUGCGGUCCACCCCCGGAGACUCCAGGCGCUACUUAUGGAUUUCAUGCCGAUACCCGAUAUAAAGCAAGCUUCUUUUUCGGCUGUGAAGAGACAUUUACUUUAGCUGGAAAGACAUCGAAGAACGACAAUGUCAUCCGUUGUCAAGAAGAUGGAAUCUGGGAUUUCGGAGAUUUAAGAUGUGAAGGUCCUGUUUGCGAAGAUCCCGGCCAUCCACCCGAUGGGCAGCAAAUAGCUAUAAGUUACGAACAAGGAGCUGAAGUUCAGUUUUCAUGCUCCAGACCAGGAUACGAACCAUACAGCUCUGAGCCUAUUAAGUGUGAUAGAAAUGCUGAAUGUAAGGUUAUAAGGCCAAUCGGUCUAAGCAGUGGAUCCAUACCGGAUUCAGCCAUCAAUGCCACAUCUCAACGAUUAAACUACGAAGCAAGGAAUGUCCGACUGAACAGUGCGACUGGAUGGUGUGGAAAAACCGAGCCCUUCACGUACGUCACUAUUGAUCUGGGACGCGUAUUUAUCAUCAAGGGCAUCAUGGUGAAAGGUGUCAUAACAAAUGAUGUCGUGGGACGACCGACCGAAUUGAGAUUCUUCUACAAAGUGCAAGAAGCAGAAAAUUUUGUUGUCUAUUUCCCUAAUUUCAAUUUAACGACGAAGGAGAACAAUUUUGGAGCUCUUACAGUUCUGGAUCUGCCUUUGAGUGUCCGCGCAAGAUACGUGAUCCUAGGAAUCGUUUCCUACAACAGAAAUCCUUGCAUGAGGUUUGAGCUGUUGGGCUGCGAGGAGACAAAAGCUCCAGUUCUGCUGGGGUACAAUGCUGGAUAUCCUGUUUGUAUAGAUAAGGAGCCUCCUCAAUUCAUCAACUGUCCAACAAAGCCUGUUGUUGUGACCAGAUCAUUAGCAGGACUAAUGCCAGUAAACUUCUCCGUGCCCGUUGCUGUGGAUAAUUCUGGAUACAUUGCGAGAUUCGAAGUCAUUCCGCUGGGUUUCACUUUACCCGCUGUCAUUGUAGAAGAUAUGAGUGUUGAAUACAGAGCUCAUGAUUCGGAUGGAAAUGUUGCUUCGUGUAUAAUCAAUAUCACUGUUCCAGAUUUCACUCCGUCUUUCUUGAGCUGCCCUCAGUCGUACGUCGUAGAACUUGUCGAACAACAAGAAAGCUAUGCCGUCAAUUUUAACGAUACCAGAAGACUCAUUAAUGCAACCGAUGCUUCAGGCCCCGUCACUAUCACUUUAUCUCCAGAAACUGCUAUAAUUCCAUUAUGGAGCUACCGAAAUGUGACCGUUGCUGCUACAGACAUCCAUGGCAACGCUGCCUUCUGUCAUUUCCAAGUGGCCGUCCAGCCUUCAAGCUGUGUGUCCUGGUCUUUGGAGCCUCCAGUAAAUGGUAUAGUCAAUUGCCUUCCAAAUGAUGAAAGAAAUGGAUACCGUUGCCUGGCAACUUGCAAUACGGGCUUCAGGUUUACAGAUGGUGAACAAGCCAAGACAUUUUCAUGUUCUUCUGGUCAACAGUGGUCCCCCACAAGCAUUGUGCCUGAUUGUGUUCCGGAAGAUACGAAUCAAGCAGCUUAUGACGUGCUAGCUACAGUUGAUUACACUGCUGAUGGACCUGUUUCCCCUUCUUGUCUGAAUCAAUAUAUCUCUUAUCUUCAAACUUAUUACAGUUCCUUAAAUCAAGUUCUCUCUGAAAGAUGUUCCGCUAUCAAUGUAAAAAUGGACAUCACCUUCCAUAAUACUUCAGUUCGAGUAAAUGCUGACAACGAGGUUGCUAUAGCAUAUACAAUAAGAAUAGAUCCAGUUGUUCGCCAAACACUUCUGUACGAUCUGUGUGGAUCAACCUUGGGAUUAAUAUUUGAUUUAAGCGUCCCCAGUACUUCUGUAGUCAUUGAGCCUAUUCUAAACGUGUCGUCUCAAGGUUUGCCUAAUCCUUUAUGCCCCAGCUUACAAGCACUAAGAUCUCAAGUCACUCGUGGAUUUGCUUGUGAAGAAGGUGAAGUUCUCAAUUCAAUGGGAGAAGCUCAAGUGCCGCGUUGCUUACAUUGUCCUGCUGGAACGUAUGCUUCAGCAACAAACGAAUGCAUCUUCUGUCCCAGAGGAUUUUAUCAAGAUCUUGUGCGGCAAGGCUCUUGCAAACGUUGUCCAGAUACUAUGUAUACCAGACAAGAAGGCAGCAAAAGUCUAAUUGAUUGCAUACCUGUUUGUGGAUAUGGAACAUACUCUCCAACUGGUUUAGUACCUUGUCUACAGUGUCCUAGCAAUACUUUCAGUUCAUUACCGCCAAGAGAAGGCUUCAAAGAAUGCCAAAGAUGCCCAGCAAAUACGUUCACUUACUCUCCUGGCUCGAAACUGCUUGAUGAUUGCCGAGCUAAAUGUGUACCGGGUACACAUUCUGAGACUGGAUUAGAACCUUGCGCACCAUGCCCCACAAAUUUCUUUCAGCCCUUAGAAGGUCAGACAUCUUGCACAGAAUGUGCAGCAAAUCAUCGAACUCUAAGACCAGGAGCCUUAAGUCCAGAGGCUUGCAUUCCAGUUCAGUGCAGUGCUCAGACUUGUCAGAAUGGUGGCGUCUGCUUAGUUCAAAGACAUCUGCCAAAAUGUUAUUGUCCUGCUGGUUUCACCGGACAAUUCUGUGAAGUUGAUAUCGACGAAUGUGCUAGCAGACCAUGUUAUAAUGGCGGAACAUGCAUAGAUUUACCACAAGGUUAUAGAUGCUUAUGCAAUCCUGGUUACACUGGUCUGCAGUGUCAGUUAGAGCAAUCAGAAUGUCUAAAUGGUUCGUGUCCAGAAAGAGCCAUGUGCCAAGAUUUGCCAGGAUUAGGAACCAUCAAUUGCUUAUGUAGAUCGGGUUACGAAGGUCCUGCCUGCAAUGUGACAAUCAAUCCCUGCACAUCUGGUGAAAGUCCUUGUUUAAAUGGAGCAACUUGCAAACCAUUGAUACAGGGAAGAUAUAAAUGCAUAUGUCCACCAGGCCUUACUGGACCUACUUGCGAAGUAAACAUUGAUGACUGUGCUGAACAACCGUGCUUGCUAGGAGCAAACUGCACAGAUUUACUGAAUGAUUUCUCUUGCGACUGUCCGCCAGGUUUCGGUGGCAAGCGUUGUCAAAUGAAAUAUAACCUCUGUGCCUAUGAUCCUUGCGCUAAUGGAAUGUGCGUCGACAACUUAUUCUAUUACACCUGCAUUUGCGAUCCUGGCUGGGCUGGCCCCUCCUGCGAUAUUAACGUAGAUGAAUGUAGCAGCAACCCUUGUGCAAAUGGAGGACAAUGCAUCGAUUUAAUUGAUGGUUUCCAGUGUCAAUGCGAACCUGGAUUUACUGGAUCAAGAUGCCAGCACCCCAUCGAUGCCUGUGAAGAAAAGCCUUGCCAGAAUGGUGGUACUUGUUUUGAUCUGAUAAAUGGAUUUGCUUGUCAGUGUCGACCAGGUUAUGUUGGACUGCAAUGCGAAGCGGAAAUCGACGAAUGUAUCAGUAGCCCAUGCAAUCCAAGUGGCACAGAGCGCUGUAUUGACAAGGAUAAUUCUUUCCAAUGUAUGUGUAAUCCUGGAUUUACUGGAGAAUUAUGCGAGUUUAACAUGAACGAAUGCAUGUCAAACCCUUGCCUGAACAAUGGAAUUUGUACUGACUUAGUAAAUGGAUUCAGAUGCCAAUGUCCACAAGGAUGGACUGGUGAGCGUUGCGAGUUGGAUAUUGGUGGAUGUAGCAGUGAACCCUGCCUCAAUGAUGCUAAAUGUAUUAAUCUCUUCCAAGAUUACUUCUGCGUCUGUCCAUCAGGCACUGAUGGUAAGCGAUGUCAAACGUCACCCGAACGUUGCAUUGGAACUCCUUGUAUGCAUGGCGGACUUUGCAACGACUAUGGCAGCGGUCUCAAUUGUUCGUGCCCAGCAGAAUACACUGGACAAGGUUGCCAAUUAGAUUACGAUGCUUGCGAAGAGAACAUAUGCCAGAAUGGGGCCACAUGCCAAGACAUGGGCGAACAGUUCAAAUGUAUCUGCCCACCUGGAUUUACUGGAUUCCUCUGCGAAGAAGAUAUUCCGGAUUGUCUUCCUAACUCAUGUCCACCAACGGCACAAUGUAUCGAUUUAACGAAUGACUUUUAUUGCAAAUGUCCAUUCAACUUUACUGGAGAAGAUUGCCGAAAACCGAUAAGCAUCGAUUAUGACUUGUACAUCAAUGAUGAAAGUAAAUCAUCAAGUGUGUCGUUAGCUGCACCUUUUGAGUUAGGAUCAUCUAGUCUGUCUGUUGCAAUGUGGAUUCAGUUUAACAGCCACGAAACCUCUGGAGUGUACUUUACUUUAUAUAGUGUUGAAUCCCGUCAUCUGCCUAUUGGAAAGAAGAUUCUUUUGCAAGCCGACCAAGCUGGUGUCCUCAUCGCUCUUUUCUCUAAUAUAGUUCCAGACACUUUCAUACCUUACCUCAAAAAUGUUCCUAUAAACGAUGGCCAGUGGCAUCAUUUGGUGAUCAUGUGGAGUGGUGAAACAGGCACUGUGUCUUUGAUAACAGACGCUGCUGUAGCUGGUACAGUAACAGGAUACGCAGAAGGCCAUUAUUUACCUCAAAAUGCUUGGGUAAAUCUUGGAGCACCCCUCGAUGAAAAGAACAGAGCUACAGCUUCUGCAGGCUUUCAUGGCAGGAUCAGUCGAGUGAAUGUAUGGAACAGACCUCUCGACGUAUCCUAUGAAAUACCGACACAGUUCCGUAGCUGCAAGAGUGCCCCUGUUCUUUAUGAUGGACUCUUAUUGAGAUGGACAGGAUAUGACAGAGUUGACGGCACCAUUGAACGAGAGGGUCCCGGCACCUGUGGAGAAUACGUCUGCCCUGCAGGUUUCACUGGUGAGUCUUGCGCCACUCAGAUACAAGAUAAAUCGGCCCCGAAGCCCGUAGAAUGUCCCCAAGACAUAUGGGUGGUGACACCGAAUACAAGUGCGGCAGUGACAUGGAAAGAGCCUUCAUUCGUUGAUUCAAUGCACACAUUGUAUGUUAUGGAACACAGAGGAUAUACACCAGGUCAAACUUUAAGCCGAGGUAUUCAUCAGUUAUCUUACAUUGCCAAAGACGCAGAGGGCAAUACAGCUAGAUGUGAUUUCCGUAUUCAUAUCUUGAAGGAGUUUUGUCCCUUACCAGCACCUCCAGUUAAUGGUCAGAGACAUUGUUCUGAUUGGGGUCCAAAUGGUCGAUUCAAAGUCUGCAGCAUCACUUGCAAUUCGAAUUUGGAAUUCUCUCAACCUGUUGCUAAAUUUUAUACAUGUGGAGCUGAAGGAACAUGGCAUCCACCGUCUGGUCAUGGAUCUAAUUUGGUAUUCCCAGCAUGCUCAGCAAGAAAACCCGCUCAGAAGAUAUUCAAGAUUGAUAUGAACUUCCCAUCUUCCGUUGUUUGCUCCGAGUCAGGAAAGAAGAUUCUUCAGUCCAGAAUCGAGAGUAAUUUGCUUCAAGUAAACCGUGAGUGGAGAAUUUGUUCCGACAAUACUCCAGGAAGUUGCUCAGGCCUUAGAGUCAAAGUCAAUUGUAAGCAAGCUCCUGUCAAAAGACAACUGGAAAACAAUGAACUUUACGUGGUCGAAAUAGAAUUCCCUGCCAAUAAGGAUCCCGUGGUGAAUAUUAACACUCAGCAACAGUCCACCGUACAAAAGGUUCUUGAAUCAGCCAUAUUGCAAAAUCAAGCAUUUGAUAUCCAAGAUACCUUACCGAAUGUUUUACCGGAUCUCACGUCUCUUGAAAUGGUUACUGAUUACACAUGUCCUGCUGGUCAAGUUGUCGUUGCUCCUCAUUGUGUUGAGUGUGGACUUGGUUCAUUUUAUGAUAAUUCGUCUCGAAGUUGUUUGUCGUGCCCAGUUGGUACAUAUCAAGAUGGUACAGGACAUUUGACAUGCAAGCCUUGUCCAAAAAUAGGGGAAAAACAAGGUAUCACAGAAAGCAUUGGAGCCAGAUCAGUCCAAGAAUGCAAAGAACGAUGCUUGCCUGGAUUAUACUACGACGACGAGGCCAAUGUGUGUCGACCUUGUGGUCAUGGUUUUUACCAGCCUAAUGAAGGAGCAUUCAGCUGCAUAUCUUGUGGAUCUGAUUUGACAACAAAAAGCGACAGGGCUGUAUCUGUUCAAGAAUGUAGAGAGGAAUGCGCAGCUGGAUUUCAGUUAACAAAAGACGGGAACUGUGAACCAUGCAUGAGAGGCUUCUUUAGACCAAAAGGUGCACCAUCUUGCAUCAAAUGUCCACCACAAAGAACAACACCAUCCAUCAGCGCGAAAUCAGAAGCUGAAUGUUCAGAAGAACUUUGUAAUCCAGGUUAUUUCAUGGACAGCAGCAAACACUGCGUUGAAUGUCCCAAAGGAACUUACAUGGAUCACGAGCAACAAGAAUCGGAAUGUAGACCUUGUCCACAAGAUACAACCACUGCAGCGAAAGGUGCAACUUCUGAAUCUGAUUGUACCAACCCCUGUCUAGUCGAUGGCCAAAUGCGUCUCUGUCAAGCAAAUGCCUUCUGUGUAUUCAGAGAAGAUGUUGAUUCAUACAAUUGCGAAUGUCAGCCGAAAUAUCGUUUGGAAAACAGAACUGGAGAGUGUGUUUCUGUAUGUGAAAGCUACUGUAUAAACGGAGGAACUUGUGAAGUCAAUGCAGAAACUCAUGAACCAAUAUGUCACUGUGUUACCAAUUUCCAUGGCAGUAGGUGUGAAAGUAAAGCAGAGUUUGUAUAUAUUGCUGGAGGUAUAGCUGGUGCUGUCAUAUUCAUAAUACUUCUAGUACUUCUCAUUUGGAUGAUUUGCGUGAGGUCUUCAGCGCAGAAGAAUCUACCAAAGAAAAUGCCAGAGCCACCUAUCGAUCUGAGCAACUCUCAAACAAACUUCUAUUAUGGGGCUCCAGCACCUUAUGCAGAAAGUAUAGCUCCUUCACAUCAUAGUACCUAUGCUCAUUAUUAUGAUGAUGAUGACGAUGGCUGGGAGAUGCCCAACUUUUAUAAUGAGACCUAUAUGAAAGAUAGUUUACAUCAUGGGAAAGGAAACAGUUUAGCUCGUAGCAACGCUUCUAUUUAUGGUAAUAAAGAAGACUUAUACGACAGGUUAAGGAGACAUCAAUACCAAGGGAAAAAAGACAGCGACAGUGAAGACCAAGGUUAAAGGAUUCCAUGGUUUCAGGGAUUUUUUUCUUUUAAGUGGAUUCAAAGUCUUCAUUCUUUCAUCAAGAGUCAUCUAUGAACUCUAUAUUACCUGUGGCUUCAAACUUAAAACAUUCAGUUGUGUAAUAUAAUGAAAAAGUCUUAUCAUCUAGAUUUAUAUUUUUAAUAGAGAUUUUAUUUUUCAAUUGACAAGUUGAAAUACUUAUUUAUUCUUGUAAUGAAUGUAAACUAGCAGCAAGAUUUUAUAAAAUACUUUUUUUUUUUACUGAACUUAUACUCUAGAUGGUAAGAACUGACAACUUGUCCAGUCUGAGAGAAUAAAUAGAAUACUAUGCACGAUCAAUCUCUGAAAUACUUCUACAUCAUCCAAGUUUUGUAUAUAUAGUUUGCUUCACUUUCAUUCUCAUUCAAAUUGUGCAUUUCUCUCAGCAUUUAGGUUAUAACAGAUUAUUAUUUAUUUAUAUUUUUCAAACAGAAUGCACAGGGAUUUAAAUGAACCACAAGUUGAAAUUAGUAAAAAUCAGUUUGUUUGUUUGUUUUUUCUUAGAUGCAUUUAAUAUUUAGAUACAAUAUAAACUUUUUAUACAUUGCAGUUAUAAUAAUAAGUGUUAUUGUAAUUCCCUGAUAAAUUGCUAGAUUUAUAAAUAUAUAUUGUUUUAGUAACUUAUUGUAUUAAUUAUUUAUUAGCUUUUUAUCACUGUACCGAGUGAUUAAUCAUUGAAGCUAGUCAUUAUAUCCAUCAGCUUCUAUUGUGAAACUUGUGACAUAAUAAAAAUAACUCUUAGUUCAUUGUAUAAGUGCAGUUCAUAUUGUCCCUGGACUUUUUGUGUUUAUGGAAAUAAAUUGUUUUAUAUU